AUGGAAACCUUUGGAAGUCUGUGCAUUCUCCUGACACUUCUAUUUUUUGUUCAUGCAGACCUUGUGGAACAAUUUGAGGAUGUGCCUGAAUGCUUAAAGUAUUUUUACAAAAGCAAAGUACCAAGAUGGGGGGCUUCAACACCUGGCACCGCACGUCUAUGUCAGCGAUUUGUCAACCGGUACCACUUUGCCACGUUGUAUGACACAAACCAUCGUAUUGCAGUUUACUCAGCAUACGUGUUUGAGCCUAGCAAUGGAGGUGGCCGGGAGAGAAGGUGGUUUGUUGAGCCUCAGCUGGUCAAUAAAUCGUGGCAAGCAGAGAUGAAGGACGGUUAUUGGCUGGGGAAAGACCAUCCUGGAAUCUACUUGGGAGCGAGACAGGCUCUCAAUGAAGACUAUACACAUUCUGGCUUUGACCGAGGUCACCUUAACCCCAAUGGGCACCAUGCCGUUCCUGGACGCAACUCCACUUUCACCCUCACCAAUGUGGUUCCUCAGAACCCCAAACUGAACCAGAAUGCAUGGAGAAUCCACGAGUCUCAGCUUAAUGAUCUUUUCCGCGAAAAGUGUUCUAAGGCCUAUGUUUUAGUUGGUGCAGUUCCUUCCGUGGACAACUGGAUUGUCAAGAACAAUGUGAGACGUGUCAACAUCCCAGACUACCUGUGGAAUGCAUACUGCUGUGUUGACAACAAUGACAGACCCAUUCAGAGGGGAGCCGCUGCAGCUAGAAACACAGAGGACAACUGGGUGGAGAAAUUCUCUCUGGAUGAUCUUGGUGAAUUUCUGCAGCAAUUCUCAAAUCAACCAGUUGGAGAGCUUUUCCACAGUAGCUGCACCAUUUGA